AAGGGCAGGAAGUCUCAGAGGCUGGAGAGCAAAGGACCAACAGUGUUCUGGCAGGAACAGCCAGUAGGAGGUUCUGGCUGAGAGCUCCCAAGCAGAAAGCUGGCCCACCAGCCACCACUCAGAGGACUGGGCUCCAGGAACAGCAUCGUCAGGAUCAUGCUAUCAAAGCCCAAGACCAAGGGAGCCUUUGACAGCUUUACUCCAAAUGGCAUCAUCAUCCCCAAAAGAGAGAAACCUAGACACAGCUACCAAAAAGAGGACAACCCACCAAACACUCUGCAAAAAGAAACUACAGUCCUUGGAAUUAUACAGAUUAUGUGCUGCCUGCUGAUUUCAAGUUUGGGGGCGAUUUUGGUUUCUGCUCCUUACUCUUCCCACUUCAAGCCAACAACUUCCACCAUUUUGAUGUCUGGGUACCCAUUUGUAGCAGCUACAUGUUUUGCCAUUACUGGAUCCCUCUCAAUCAUUUCUGGGAAAAAGGCAACUAUGCCCUUUGCCAUGAGCACCCUGACCGCAAGUGCAGCGAGUUCUCUAGCUGCUGGAGCAGGCCUCUUCCUCCUUGCUGAUAGCCUGGUAGCCUUGGAGAUGGCCUCUCGACCGUGUGACUCAGAAAGGGAAUACCUAUCCUCACUGCCUUACUCGGGGUACUAUUAUUCAACUUAUGAAUUCAAGGACUGUCUCCUGGCUAGUGUCAGUCUGACGGGGGUGCUGGUGGUGAUGCUCAUUUUCACUGUGCUGGAACUCUUAACGGCUACCUAUGCUUCCAUCCUUUGGUGGAAACAGCUGUACUCCAAGAACCCAGGGAGUACAUUUUCCAUGCCUCAAUCACAAGGUCAUAUCCAACAUGUCAAAAAUCCUUCAAGGUCAUGCAUAGGAGUAACGCCUCAGAAGAAAAAGGAGAAAGCCAGGGCUCCUGGCAAAGUGUGGUUAGACUUUCCUGAAAUUUCAGCUACUUUAGACACUGAAAGAAACCUUUAGAAAAACGGUUUUUGUUUUGCACUUGCUCAGUAAGAGUCAUUUUAUUGCUCUUGAAAGUAAUCUCUUGGGGUGCUUGGGUGGCUCAGUCGUUAAAGUGUCCAGCUCCUGAUUUCUGCUGCGGUCAUGAUCUCAUGGUUAGUGAAUUCAAGACCCGCAUCGGGCUCUGCACUGACAGUGCAG